CGCAGCUUUCUACUUGGUAACGAAUGUUUUCGAAGUUUUUUAUAUCUUCAGAUACAACUCCUUUUGUCAACAAUUCGUAAGAUGCGUAGAAAAAAUUGUAAGUACCUUCUUAGUGUCCUUUAAACACUAAGAGUUUUAACACUUAUCAUUACAUAAGAUGUAUCCAAAGAGAAUGUUGUUAUUUCUGCUAAAAUAUUGUAUUUCGCGCGUUACUUAUAAAUCGAUAUUACAAAUAACGCAUCAGUUAUCAUCUGCUACAAUCAAUACGCUGCUGAUAUUCAGCAUCGAUAUGUUGCAAUUCUCAUCAUUGUUAUCUCUAACCUAUGAUUUCUUUAACCCGAAUAUUUGUCAUGUUUGCAAGACGCCAUUGGACUUUAAUAAGGAUUUCAUAACCUGUGAUCAGUGCCAUAUGAUUUCUUACUGUAACAGUGAUCACAAAUUAAUGAACAAAGAAUGUCAUAUGCAGAUUUGUGCAGCUAUGAAAAACGUUUCAAAGAAUCAUCCACAUUUUUGGUCCACUUUUGGAAUAAACUUGGAAGAAUGGAUUAAGACGAGAAAAAUGUUUGUGCGUUUAGUCAAGCUGGAGUUGCAACGUGAUCUAGAACCAUAUGAAGAGCAAAUGAUCACUUUGGCAAAAUCGUGUAUUAUUUGUUAUCAUCAAACAAAUCUCCUUCAUUGCAUUAAGUGCUAUUACAUUAACUAUUGUCGUCAUCAUGAGAAGCUAUUGGGAAACCGUCAUAGUAUUAAUUGCAGCCAGUUGAAAUUAUGUCUUAAGACAAAUACGGACAUCACUUUAUAUGGAGUAAUGAGAUGCAGAUUCGCAGAGUUUCCCAAUGAGAACAUACGUAUUGUUGACAUGAAUGAGUUUGUUCGUCAAUUUGUGUAUCCAAUACAGUGCAUGUAUGGGAAUUCCCCUAGUAUGUGUCUUUAUUAUUCUGAUUACGUAUCAGGACCGUUGACCUUAUAUUAUGGGGUACAGAUAAUAAAUGAAUUAGAUUCUCUUGAUAAUCCAGAUUCGUGUACUGUUAUUCAUAUAAUGAACGCACACUUCGUUGAUAGAGAUUAUAUUGCAGCUUGGGAACUUCUUCUGCAUCUUUUACCUAACAUGAAAGAAUUGAAAAUUAUUCUGAUAGGGCCAGAAUUACGUACCGAAAGUGGAAACCUCAUGGUUUGUAGUAUAAAAUGUUUCCAACGAUGUCUCAACUUCGAAAUUCAUCAUAUGUUAUAUCACAAUUAUGUAAACAGCGAGUAUUAUAAGCAACCAAAUGUAAUUAUAGGAUUUCAAGUAGAUUUUAGUAAUUGGGAUACAUUCUCGCAAUCAAUUUUAAAAAUAAGACAUCAAAGUUGUCCGUUUCUUUUAACCUCUAAAACAGAACAUAUAGCCGAACAGAAUUUAAAUAAGAUCAACGAAGUCCUGGCGGAACAGUGUAACGUCCUAUAUCUGUUAUACAACGGCCCAAAUAGUUUUAAUUCCCAUAGACCAUAUGUAGAUUUCGAGGACAGUGGUGCAUCUUAUCGUAAUAAUUUUAUAACUAUUUAUAAGAGAUUGCAAUAGUAAUAAGUUAUAGAAUAUUUUUGUUAUUCUCAAAGAAUUUUUAAAUUUUCGUAUACAUCUAUAAUAUUAUUUUAAUAACACAAUUGUAAAUAGAAUUAUAGAUAGGUUGUUAGACGUCGUAUAUAUAUCUUAUUUUAAUAAGUUGACAAUUCAUGUAACAAAGUACCUGUAAAAAAACGUUUUUCUUUUAAAGAUUAAAAAUGAAUUAUAAAUUUCUUAAAUGACCUGUCUGUAAAAGGAAAUGUUUAUAAAAAACGCUUUUAUACAUGUAAUGGGACUUGCAUUAUUGGACAGCAUUUAUGUAUCAAAAUUUCACGCUAGAUAUAUAUAAGAUUUGUAAAAUAGUAUAUGGCUAAUGCCAUGGAAUUACUACUUUAAAAAUAUACAUGUAGAAACAUAUUUCAGGAAGUCAUAUUAAUAGAUGGUAAAAUUGUAAAAGAUAUAUAAUUAAAGUAAAUUGUAGAGAUAUUAUAAUUAUAACAGGUAUUGUGUAUGUAAGUUAAAUUAUAAAAUGUGCAGAACAAAUAUAUUAUACAUGUUUUAAUUUGACAAUGUUGCGUAUAUAUUAGAUGCGUAGUAAACAGAAACUCCAUGUAGUCAGAAAAUAGGUCAUGCUAAUGUAUAAAUAAUAAUCUGUUAAAUAAGUUAUAAUACAAAUCACAUAUAUAAAAUAAUAUUGAGUAUUGAUCAAAAAUACUUAUUCCAUCGUACGUGUUGUGAAGAACACGUAUAAAACACGAAUAUAAAUAAUGACAUAUAUUUUUUCGAUACUUUUCGGAAAUAAUUCGACAUGUAGUCAUUUGAGAACUUUUUAAAAUAAUUUUUUUUGUUUAAAUAUCGGUUGUGCUACAAAGGGUAAAGAAAAACUUUGUCCAAUUUUAUUUCUAUAAUUGUAUAAAAAGAAAAAUUUUCUCUAACCGAGCUUUUCAGAACGAUAAUUACAUUAUCAAUUCGCGCGUUAGUAAUAUUAAUAAAAUAUGCAAAUUCCUUCUUUUCUACAAGCGAUUUUUCCUUCAUACUGCACAAAGCAAAUAUAUCGAAUCAUAAGUUACGUCAUUAGUUUACAGAUCUCGUGAAGAAUUAUUCACUAUCGACAUUUUACUUGGUAACAAAUGUUCUCGAAAUUUGUUACAUGUUCAGAUACAAUACAAUUUGUCAACAAUUCGCGGGAAGGAUAGAACAAAUCGCAAGUUUCAUCUUAGUGUUUUUCGAACAGACACCACUACAUAAGAAGUGUCCAAAGAGAAUUUUGUUAUUUUUGUUAAGAUACUGAGCUUCACUCUUCAAAAUCGAUAUUACAAAUAACGCAUCAGCUAUCAGACAUUAUCGCCGGUACGCUGCCGAAACUCAUCAUCGACAUGAUGCAAUCCUCAGAGUUCUUUAAAAACAUUGAAUUCUUUAACCCGAAUAUUUGUCACGAGUGCAAGGAGAAUGAUAAUGGAAAUUUCAUAACCUGUAAUCAGUGCCACAUGAUUUCUUACUGCAGCGAUAAUCACAGACUAAAAUGCGAGGAACGUCAUAUGAAGAUGUGUGAAGCUAUUCAAAACGUUUUAAAAAAUCACCUACAAUUUUGGUCCACAUAUGGACUAAACUUGGAACAAUGGAUCCAGACGAGAAAACAGCUUAUAGGUUUAGUCAAGCUGGAGUUGCAGCGUGAUCUAGAACCAUAUGAAGUGCAAAUGAUUACAUUAGCAAAAUCGUGCAUUAUUUGUUAUCGACAGACAGAGGAUCUCCUCCAUUGCUUGAAGUGCUAUUCUAUUAACUAUUGCAGUAAUCAUAAAAAGCUAUUGGGAAAACGUCAUCGUUUCAAUUGCAAGAAGUUGAGACAAAGUAUCGAGGCAAAUAGGGACGUGGCUUUAUUUAAUAUAGUAAUGUUAAAUUUGGCUGAAUAUCCCAAUGAGAACAUACAUAUUACUGAUAUGGAAUCAUUUAUUGGACAUUUUGUGUAUCCAAGGUUCUCUGCGGAAAUGACCACCUCUGAAUGUUGUAAUAUGUCUUGUUAUUAUUCUGACUGCACAUCAGGACCGUUGACCUUAUAUUAUGGGAUACAGAAAAUAAAGGUCAGGAAAUUAAAUUCUCUUGGUAGUCAUUUUGUUAUUCAUAUAUUAAACGCAAGCAUCGUUGAUAGAGAUUACUUACCAACUUGGGAACUUCUUCUGCAUCAUUGGCGUUAUAUAAAAUAUUUGAAAAUUAUUCUAAUAGGGUCAGAAUUACAUCCCGAAAAUGGAAAUAUCAUGCUUUGUACUAGAUGUAUCAAACAAUAUCUCCAUUUCGAAAUUCAUCGUAUGUUAUAUCAUAAUUAUGUAGACAGCGAGUAUUAUAAGCGACCAAAUUUAAUUAUUGGAUUUCAAGUAGAUCUUAGUGAUUGGGAGACAUUAUCAGAAGUGAUUUCAAAAAUAAGAGAUCAAGAAUGUCCGUUUCUUUUAACUUCCAAAUCAAAACAUACAGCCGAACAGAAUGUAAAUAAGAUCAGAAGAAUUCUAAAGUCACCUAUAUGUGAUGUUCUAUAUUGUAUAUACCACGGCAAAAAUAAAUUUAGUUCUUUAAGACCAUAUAGAGAUUACGAGAACGGUGAUAAUGUGUGUUAUCUUAAUAAAUAUUUAACUGUUUAUCAGAGAUUGUAGUAAUAAUAUAUUAUAGAAUAUUUUUGAUCGCUCUUUCAAAUAGCUUUGUAAUCUCCGUAUAUGUCUGUAAUAUCAUUUUGGUAACACCAUUAUAAAUAGAAUUAUGAAUAGAUUGUUAGACGAUAUACAUAUAUUGUUUUAAUGGAUUAAUAAUUCGUGUAAAGUAGUAUAUAUAUAGUAAAAAUAAUGCUUUUUUUAAAGAUUAAAAAUGAAUUAUUAAUUUCUUAAAAGAUAUGUCCAUAAAAGAAAAUGUUUAUACAAAAUGAUUUUAUACAUGUAAUGGGACACGCAUUUUUGUUCGGCAAUUGUAAAUAAAAAUUUUUGAAACGCGCUAGAUAUAUAUAAGAACUUGUAAAAUAGUAUAACUAAUGCCAUCGAAUUACCAAUUUAAAAUUAUACAUAUAUGAACACAGCCCGAUGUAAAAUUUUUCAUGCAAAAUUAUGUAUGAAAUUUGUCCAUAUAUAAUUAUGUAUAAUUAAUAUAUAAUUAAUAUAUAAUAUAUAAUAUAUAAUAUAUAAUAUAUAAUAUAUAAUAUAUAAUAUAUAAUAUAUAUAUAUAAUUAUAUAAUUUUAUAUAAUUAUAUAUGAAAAAUUUUUUAUUGGGAGUACAUUUAAGAUAGACGUGUUAAUAGAUGAUGAAAUUAUAAAAGAUAUUCUAAGUUAAAUUAAAAUGUGCUCUUAAAUAUAAGUUAUACAUAUUCUGGUUUGAUAACAUUGCGUAUAAAUAGUUGCGUAGUAAAUAGCAACAGUAUAUAGUCAGCACAUACGUCAUACUUCAAUGUAGAAAUAAUAAUCUGUUAAAAUUUGUCUUAUAGUAAUAUUACUCACAUCAUAUUUAAAGAUCGUUAUAUAUCUGGCGUAUUUUUUUAUUCCAGUAAGAUGUAUAUUUUCUUUGUUAACUUGACAUUAUUUGAGUAAUCUUUUAUUCGAAGGAAGGACGGACGAACGGACGAAUCACUUGGCAAGUCCCAUCAAUUUUUCUUUUGUUUUUCUUAAUAAAUACUUUGUUUGAA